GGUCAUUGACCUUACCACCACCAGCUGACGACAACAAACAUGGCUGCCACCAGGAAGACAGGGAGUCUCUCUUACGUUCCCAACUGGCUGGUGCUGGCUGUUUUGUUUAUCAUCCUACAUCUUACAAGCAGCAAGACGCAGAAGAAACCAAAUAUUGUCGUGCUCUUUGCAGAUGAUCUUGGGUAUGGAGACCUGCCCAUGUACGGCCACCCUACCUCCUCAGCACCACACCUGGAGAGGAUGGCACAGGAGGGGAUGGUGUUCACACAGUUCUACAGCAGCUCACCUGUCUGUAGUCCAUCCAGAGCAGCCCUUCUGACUGGAAGGUACCAAGUUCGAUCAGGGGUGUGGCCUGGUGUGUUUUGGGCUGACUCCACUGGGGGUCUGCCACUGAAUGAAACAACAAUCGCAGAGGUGUUGAAGACUCAGGGAUAUGACACAGCUAUUAUUGGUAAAUGGCACCUAGGUGUUGGUGUGAACCAAACCUACCUCCCAACAAACCAUGGGUUUGACUACUGCUACGGCAUCCCCUACUCCCACGACAUGUGUCCGUGCCCCGUCUGCUUCUGGCCAAAAGUCCCAUGUGGUCUGAACGACAACUGCAACUCGCAGUGGACGGGAUGUCCAGUCUACGAGAACGACCGGAUCGUAGAGCAGCCCGCAGACUUGCUGACCCUGUCGGGACGUUAUGCAAAGCAGGCCAGCAGGUUUAUCCAGACCAGUGCUGAGAAGGGGAACCCUUUCUUCCUGUACCUGGCCUUCCAGCACACCCACCACCCACAGUUUGCUGGUGUGGAGUUCACCAACACUUCACAAAGAGGUGAGUUUGGAGAUGCCCUGUUGGAGCUGGACUGGGCUGUAGGAGAAGUACUGGGUACUCUACAACAGGCCAUGCUACAGGACAACACACUGGUGUUCUUCACAUCUGACAAUGGCCCCAGUCUGAGGAAUGAACAGCGAGGUGGCAGUGCAGGUCUCCUGAAGUGUGGGAAGGGCACCACGUACGAAGGGGGUCAGCGUGUCCCUGCCAUCGCCCACUGGCCGGGAGUCAUCCCUGACCACAGCAGGACGACAGAGCUGGCCAGUACACUUGACCUGUUCCCUACCUUAGCCAAGCUGGCCGGGGCAGCAGUGCCCAGUGGGGUCGUUCUGGAUGGAGUGGAUAUAUUGCCUAUCCUUCAGAAUAAACAUGGUUCCAGGGAAUUGUUUUUCUACUAUCCGACCUCUCCAGAUCCGAAGUAUGGCUUGUACGCGGUGCGGUAUAAGCAGUACAAGGCGCACUACUACACCCAAGGAGAGGUGAACUCUGACCCCAACAAUCACGACCCCGACUGUCGGCCGUCCGCACAGCUGACCCGACACGACCCACCGCUGCUCUUCAACCUCAACAACGACCCCUCCGAACAGUUCAACCUGGGGAACAUGUCGGAAUACAAACAGCUCCUGAAAACUAUCGACUCUAAGAAAGUAGAGUUUGAGAAGACUGUGGUGUGGGGGGAGAGUCAGAUUGCUGGACACUCAAGCCCAGAUGCCGAGCCGUGUUACAAUAAAGGCUGUUCUCCCUUCCCAACAUGUUGUCACACUCCACAGUGGUGGUGGCCUUGAAUUAGUGUAAAUGCAUUUAAGUUCGCGGGGAUUUAAGUUCACGGUAGCGGGAAAAAUGACUUUUCGCGGUGGUUUUGAUUUCGCGGUAACACCAUCGACUGCAGUCUUAUACCAUAAUAGAAAAAUGUACGCGGUGGUUUUAUGUUCACGGUGAAGUGGUCGCCGCGAAAACCGCGAAUAUUGAUCCACCGCAAACAUUUCUGCAUUUACAGUAUCACUCACUGUACAAUGAAGUUUUCAUAAUCUCGAGAUGUAAGGAUAUGACUCUUUUUUUGGUAUUUUAUGCCUGUUUUUUUCUUUUUUCAACAUUGGUAGUCUUUUUCAGUAUUGUAUUUAAGGCUGGAUGCCAACAUCUGCUUGCAGGUUAGCCUUCAGUGUGUUUUCUUGUUGCAGAGAAAUUAUGUUGUGAAGCUGGUAUAUCAGUUUACAUUAUACUUAUCGUUUUAGUUGUACAUUGUACAAGAGAUUUAGCCUGUUUCUUAAAGAAAUAUAUAAUGGCAACAAAGUUAGACAUGCCAGAAAUAAGUUAAGAUCAUACAAUGAAGAAAAUAUGAGGGACAGGAAUGCAGUCACAAGACUUUUAAGUUUUGCUGCCACAAACUUAACAUAUUGAAACUGGAAGACAUUCCCGCACCCCUUUGGAACAAAGACUAUGCAAAUAAUGUAAGUUAAAUAGAACAGGGAAUGAACGUCAUUUUGUAGUAGAAUGUAGUUUGUAUAGAGAAGGGAGAAAUGAACUGUACAAUUAUGGUUGUAUAAAAUCUAUUCCCCUAUUUCAUAUACUUAAGUUCUGUAAAAAAAUUCAUUUUCCUAAUGAAAUUAGACAAACAUUGAUCAUAAGCAUAUCUGUUCUUUUAUCUUCACCAUAACUGAAAGCGAUGAGUUAAAUUUACCUAACGUUUAAUUUGUAUCUGAUAAAUGUAUUUAUUUGACAUGUCUUGUUGUGACCUGUACUUAGCCCGGUGUGGCAAAAAUGUGCAAUAAAGGUCUUCAUUCAUA